AAACACCUUCAAAUAAAGAACGCGAACAAUACCGACAAUACCGACUACCUUCGCCUCACGUAAAAAUCAAAGUAAACAUGUUUAUGCACGAUAAAGGAGUUUUCAUAUUUGGAAUAAGAAUUGUGGAAACUAGGAGGGACGCUAUAUCUCGUCUGCCUUUGGAGCUGUCGUGGAAGAUAUUUUCCUAUCUAGACAAGUUGUCGCUGCGCAAUGCAAAACAUUCGCACAAAACAUGGGCGCGAAUCAUUUUAGCCGAUAGGAAACUGCGGAGUCGACUGAACAAAUUCGAAUUGGCCGAUAAACUGGGUUCCGAGAGCUUGGCGAAAUUCUACAAACGAAAUAAAAGGAAAUUGAAAAAGGAAAUGGGCAAAAAUUACUUGCCGCGGUGUGAAGACGCAGUUCAAUCAACGAAAACAAUGAUUGCGAAAUCGAAAAGAGCAGGAGAAGCCUUAGUGAUUCAUAUGAAGCGCUAUAAACUAUUUUAACACUUCGAAGUGUGAAAUAUAUGACUCAAAUA